UGUUCAAUUCAAUGUAACGAGCAUGCGAUUGGAGUAUUUAGCUUUUUAGAAGAAACUGAUACUUUGCUCUAUACUUCUGAGGGAGUAAUUAAUGGAUUUCAAUACAUAUUGUUGUUGAAGAAUGAAGACAAAUGGUUCCCAGUUCUUUAUUAUUAGCACCUUUUUUAGGAAUCUGCAGUAGCCUUUUCAACUGGUAUUCUUAAUGUAUUCCAAGAUAAUUAUUUUUUAAAGCAAGGAAUUGCUUCAAAUUUAGGCCAUCCAAGAUAAAAGAAAUCCUAAACCCAAGCUAUAAAAUCUUGCGGCUGAUGAAAUUUGCAAAGCAACGAAUGAAUUCAACAUUUUGAAAUUCUUUCAUUGAAUUUUUCCAGGGUACAAAUAUGUUGCAGAAAUGUAAAGCUAAUUCCCCUCUACUUUACCCCCACUUCACCCUACCUACCCCUACCUAAUUCUCUUUAGGACAAGAAAUUGCUACGACUAGGAUACUCUAGAUAUGCUGAUCAUAGGAUCUUGGAAACUUUACAUUUCAUUGAUUGUCUUUUCCUUGUUUUCUUACUCUUUUGCUAGCACAUUUACCAUUAUCAAUAACUGUCCUCACACAAUAUGGCCUGGUACGCUAGCCGGUGGAGGCCAACUUGAUUCGGGCCAAAGCAUUGCAAUCCCAAGUGUUCCAGGAUGGUCCGGUCGCAUAUGGGGUCGAACGGGUUGCACAUUUGACACAUCGGGUGUUGGCUCAUGUCAAACAGGGGAUUGUGGGGGAAGGCUUGAAUGCGAUGGCAUGGGUGCCACACCUCCGGCGUCACUCUUUGAAAUAACCCUUGGAGCUGGAGACCAGAAAGAUUUUUACGAUGUCAGCCUCGUUGAUGGAUACAAUCUGCCGCUAGUUGCGGCACCACGAGGAGUUCCCAGUGGAUGCAAUGCCACAGGCUGUGUUUCGAAUGUCAACAUGGGUUGCCCGAAAGAACUUCAGGUGAUCGGUAAUGGUGACGGUGAAGGUGGAAGCGAAGUUGUUGGCUGCAAGAGUGCGUGCGAGGCAUUUGGACAAGACCAGUAUUGCUGCAGUGGAGAAUUUGCGAAUCCUUCGACUUGCCGGCCGUCAUUCUACUCAACUAUCUUCAAGAGAGCAUGUCCAAGAGCUUAUAGCUACGCAUUUGAUGAUGGAACCAGCACUUUCACUUGCAAGGCUAACGAAUACGACAUCAUAUUUUGUCCCGACAGCGGGAUGAAAAAACCAAACAGUGCUUUAACAGCUUCACCAAUGGAAGAAAGAAGAAGAAAUAGGGAGAUUGCAAGGAUGAUUUCAUCUGCAACAAUUCUCAUACCCUUCAAAAUCUCAAUAUCUGUUCUCAUUUUCACUUUGUAUUUCUAGAUAUAUCUGAUACAUUUUCAGCCUCGUUCUUUCAAAAAUGGUACAUGGAGAGAGAAACUGCCCGUGCAUUCAAGAACAAGCUGAAAAUAUAUCAUAAGCCACAGCCAAUUGUCCAGAAUUUUUUGCUAAUUCUGCAGAAAGAAUAAAAGUGUAAUUGUAUUUCUUGA